GGUGCCGGCUAUUCGCGGGGCAGCGGUUCCGGCGCCCAGGGGCACGGAGCUGCGCCCAGCCCGUUGCCGCAGUCGCCGUUGCCGGGGCGCCGGUUCCAGCAGUGCUGCGGGCUCCCGGGGCCGGGCAUGGAGCCGGGGACGCACAGAGCCUGGGUGCCGCUCAGCACCCUGGAAACGGAUUUCCCUCUGCCGCUGUGCAGCCAGCAGUACGUGACGCUGCGGGGGCCGCGCUGCGCCCCGGUGCUGAGGCAGGCGGUGCGCUGGAAGAUGGCCCCCAUGGGCAGGGAUGCGGCGGGGCAGAGCUGGGCGACGGAGCCGAGCUGCCGCGGGGCGGAGGACGCCGGGGACGGCCUCACCCGUAGCACGGCCUGGCAGCGCUGGCAGCGCUCACACGGCGCUCCUGAACUGGACCCGCUGCCCCCUGUCUAUGACCAGCAUCUGCGGGACGUUGCCUGCUGGGACCCCACUGUCCCUGCUGCCUACCUGGGGCCUGGCACGCGUUGGGGAGCCUUCCUGUGGCAGGAGUGCCCCGUCCUGGGCAAGGAGUACGUGGCCACCCGCAGCCAGGGCACUGCGGCGCCGGGGGGCAGCUCAGGCUACGUCCCUUUGUUGUCCUUCUGCAGCCCCCAAACCACCACGCGGGAUGUCUGCAGCUGGAGCCUCCUGCAGCACCAGCCCUCAGCCCCCCCCAGCUAACAGUGCUGCUACGG